GUCGCCUGCUUAUUGAAUGCGCUCUGAAACAGGAAUAAAACUAUUCUGUAGCUGAGUUAUUUACACACGUUUGACACACGAACAGCGCUCGUAAACUCGACGUAACGCUCAUGUGCAGGAGGAGCUCCUGUCAUAUGACUUAACGUUAUAUGAGCUCAGGUUAGAGGCUGAUUUCACAGCGCUGCUGAACCGGGUCUCUCUCACUCGGUCCGGGCGUCACUCACUGAACUCACCGUCUGCCGUCCGCCCGUCGCGAUGUCUGCCCGCGGUUGUGUGACCCUGCUCUUUAUUCUGCUGAGCGGUAUUGUGCAUGCUGAUGAUCUGGUGACAUCACCAUUACCUGCAAUACAGGAGUUAAGCACAAGCCAAACCCUCUCCAGCACUUCUUCUCCAAACACCUCCAAACACUCUUCAGCUGUGACUACAGUUCCAACCACGCAUCCCAACACGACUAAUUCUACUACAGCACCUCCAACUACCCCGCAUCACAACACGACUAAUUCUACUACAGCGCCUCCAACUACCCCACAUCACAACACCACAAAUUCUACUACAGCGCCUCCAACUACCCCACAUCACAACACCACGAAUUCCACCACAGAAGUGCCAACUACCGCACACACUAAUAGCUCUCCUCCUGUCCCCAACCCAACUGUUGGAAACUACAGUGUUAAGUCAGACAAUGCCACAGUCUGCCUUUUGGCAAAGAUGGGCCUUCAGUUCAGUUUCAAAAUGAGUGAGAAUGCCAGCUUUCAGACUCUUAAUCUGGACCCUAAUGUAACGGAAGUGAGUGGAACCUGUGGAAGUGGUGGCAAUGACUCUUCCCUUGUGCUGAAGUCAGAAGAAAUCACAGUUCACUUGGUCUUCACAAAUGUUUCACAGAAGUUCCGUCUACAUGCUUUGAUGCUUUCUGUUAACCUUGCAAAUGGAAAUGUUUUCAAUGCCUCCAAUAAUAAUUUGUCUCUAUGGGAGGCAUCUGUCGGAAGCUCCUACAUGUGCAAAAAAGAGCAGAGUUACAACAUCACUGACAAGCUUACCAUCCACACGUUCGAGCUACAAGUGCAGCCCUUCGCAGUCCAGAACAACAAGUUUAACACCGCUGAGGAUUGCGUCGCAGAUGAGCCUGAUAACUUCAUUGUCCCUAUAGCGGUGGGAGUUGCCCUGGCUGUCCUGAUUAUUAUUGUCUUACUGGCCUAUCUGAUCGGAAGAAAGAGAAGUCAGACCUCUGGCUAUGAGCAAUUUGAUUCGUAAUAUUAAUCUGAGAAUAUCAAUGCGUCCAUGCAAAUUGUGGCUAAUAAUCUAGCAGUAUUUCAGAAAUCAAAUCAUUUCAGUUUAUGUGCACAAAUUCUUUUGAAACGAGUCUCAUAUUUCAAAUAUUUUAUUGUAUUCCCUUGCCAGUACAUUAUGUAACGUGGUGAUUAUAAGGUAGGCCUGUAUGUCACAAAAUACAAUGCCUAUUCUGCAUCGAUCUGACUGAAUUGUGAGUCCUGUUGUGAUUAACAAAAUCAUUUGAGCGCCAGUACUAUGUUACUGUGUACUGUGUUAUUUCCGUAAUCACUCACCCUCCCUUUCUUUCUCCCUUUCUCCCAGCGGAGGAAUGCUUUCUGGAUUCUGAUUUGAGUUUUCUUGUACCCAUUGCUGUGGGUGUGGCUCUCAGCUUCCUAAUCAUCCUAGUGCUUAUCUCUUACCUGAUUGGCCGGCGGAAGAGUCGCACUGGUUACCAGUCUGUAUAACAACCCAAGCUGCUACCAUCUUGCCUCUAAACCCAGCUUGUCCUUUUACCAUUUAUACUUGCUCCUCCUCUCUCUUCCGGUCCCGCUGGCUUCCUCCUUUUGCUCUGCGAAUUGCUCGACCCUCCUCACCUGCCAGCACUAACCACUGAUGACACCCAUUCAAUUGCAUAGCUAAAUCAUUACUACAUAAUUAUAUCUCUGAGCUCUAAUCAUUUCCUGUGUAUGAUUUAAACGUUUUAUGAAUGAUAUGGCAUAUUUCUGCUUAAUCACCCUUGAAGCAAUGUCAACCGGCAUGAUUCACUUGUUUAGUGUAAGCACAGGCUGUCUAAAAUCCACUGGCAUUGCGAGGGGGUAAAAAAAAAAAGAUUAUUCCCCCUUUUAUGGUAGUUUUGGAUUUUCUUGCUCUAAGGAUGCUCAGUUCUGAUUGCUGUGACUUCUUCAUGUGAACUAUCAUUAUGAAUGAAUGAUGCAGUUUUAGAAUUAGGAAUCUUUUGAGUUUAUUAACCAUUGAAUGUAAAUGCUCAAUUAGUUCUGUAAUUGUGUUGUCUUGAAUCAGUUGUUGCCUAAACUAGGGGUGAAAAGUAUCAUGGCGCAGUUUCUUAAUUGGCAGAGCUUAUUGAUAAGUCACACUCUUGCACUUAGCAUAUUAUAUUAUAAAGGGACACAAUUUUUUUUAUUUUUAUUUUAUUUUUGUGACAUUUACCAGCAUUGAAUAUGAAGAUUUUGUUGAUCAUGCUUUUGUUGAUUUCAUUAGGUCCCUCUCAGGGAAUGUUGGAAGUGUUACAAUAGGCCUGUUAGUACAUGGGGUUGUGGAUUUAAUUUGUCAUUUCUCUGGACACGUGCAUACAAUGUACAAAAUACACCAUUUUUAAGACCAAAGCUACAGGUUCCUGUGUAUUUUCGGUCUGUUUUCUGCUCUGCAUAGUGAAAAUACUCAUGUGUCCGAACCAGUUCAUUUGUAUAACAUUUUAUUUUUCAUAAAAAACCCCAAAGGAUUUAGCUUUUAAAACAAACACAAUUAAACACAGAAUAUAUUGUCGUACUAUAGUGUGCCUUUUAGUUACAUUUCUUUGUUCCUCCUCUAUAGGACCUUAAUCUGUCAGGUUAAGAAUGAUGGUUCAAUGUGGGGAAAAAAAAUCAAUAAAAUUGCUUUUUUUUUGUACAGUAGUCUUUCUCUCGCUUUGUUUUCCUGCUCUGACCUCUUCUUGAGAAUCUCAGUACAAGUUGAUUUCAUGUUAGAACUGCGGUGUUAAGCAACUGCAGUUUCACAGUUCACAUGAUUUCACAGAUAACCUCUAGCCUCCACUGAUGGACUUAGAUCAGCAGUGUUGCUAUAAAAGUUACUGAUGUCAUAAAUUAUGCCUCUGUUACUGGAAGCAUCUCACUUUUUUAACUGCAUUUAAGUUUGAAUGUAGUGAUGUUUUCUUGGCAAUCUCAAGCAAUUUAUCAUUGGAGACAAUAUCACACAUAUCACAACUGAUUGGUUACUUUUAAACAGAAUGGAAAACUGAGCAGAAAGGUUUGAUUCCGUUAAUUCUCAUCCAUCUUUAUUGUUUAUACUAGAACAUCAUGAGUGCGUUUAAAACAUAAGCUGGCAAAUCUUUGUCAGCAAGUGGAUAUUUCGUUGCAUUUACUGAAUAACAAAGAUGUGCAGUUACCAAUUUCCAUCUCACUAUUACACUUUGUAACUGUUUGUACCAUGUCAAUAUAUUCAAAUACAAUUAAUAAAUAAUACUGUUGAAAUCCUCCUUACAGGCAACUAAGCAGAUAGUUUCACUCAGAGAUGAAUUAUGUGAAAACUCUAUUUCGUUUUUAAGAAGUGUUGGUUGCAUGCUUGAAAAAGAAAGAUCAACUUGUACUCUAUUAUGAAGCUCUGUGAAAAUGAUGAAAUGGGAUUUCUGUCCCACAUUUCAGUGAAAUACAUUUGCCUCUGGAAUCAAAAUUUAGUCGCACAUCAAAAAAAAAAAAAAGGAAAGAAAAUAAAAA